GAUAUAGGUCACAUAAGUUUAUCUGCUCCUAUUUUUUUUAGGAGUUAGGUUACCACGAUCUGUCUUGUUGGCGUUGUAUACAAACUUGAUUGGAGGCUCAUUAAUAGAUACACAACUUCAUUCUACUUCUGUGCAAUUAUAUGAUAUAAACGCCAAAAUACUCUAACAAGUACGCCGUCCAAUAUCCAAUUAUUUUUUCUGCGCACAAAUGGCCCCUUCCACCUCCGUUGUUAAUGCCUAUUCCCUGUCCUCAAACACGUAAUUCAAUUCAACCCAUCAUCACAACUCCCCAUUAAAUUGUUUGCCAACCAUAAUUUCACUAUCUGGAAGACCUAGAUUGUCAUGCUGCUUCAUGGCCAUGACCUCUAUAGUCAUCUUGAUGGCACCAAAAUAUCCCCUCUUGAAACAGUCACUACUAACCGCCUUGAGACCGCCAACUCCGAGUAUAAGGAUUGGUUUUGUUGAGAUGUAAAGAAAGUAGUUAAAGGAGUUAGAAGAAUUAGUUAGAAAUAAGGGUAGUGUAGUCAUUUUACCUAAUGCAUAGUUAGAACUAACUAAUCAAUUAGUUAGUCAGUUAAGUCUGUGUAAUUAGCUAUAUAUCCAUAUAGCAACUAUGUACAGUUAAUUGAUUAGGGCAUUUGUUGCUGAGCCCCAAAAUUGAAAAACUUCUUUCUUCUCUCUACUCCAACGUCUCUCUUCUUCAUCUUUAUCUUCUUCAUGUCUGAUCCGUGAAGAAGCAGAGCUCAAAUUAGCUCAUGGUAUCAAAGUGUUGGUCGCUAUAAAGAGUUCACAUAGCUGAGUCAAAGACUCGAAGAUCAGAGUCAAAGAAUCAGUCAAAACUGCUAGCUCGUCUUUUGCAGAUCUAAGCUCCGUCGAAGCUAAAACUGCAACCAACACUGACUUCCGCAAUAAAGAGCUCAAAAGGUUGAAGAAAUGACAGGUGAAGCCACAGAUUCAGCUCAACGAGUGGGUAUACCAAGUUCAGCAAGCUCGGCAGGUAACAAUGGACAAGUGAGCGACCAUGGCUGACAUGCUAGCAAAUCUAGCUAAAGAAAGAUUAUGGGAACCUUACAGAGGACUUGAAAAGAAGAUGGAGAAUCUAAAGGGGAAGAUGGAAUGGCUUGGUAGUCGAAAGGUUGAUAUAGUGGCUACAAUACAAGAUGCUGAAUUUCAUUCAUUCAAGAAAAGAAAAACAGAAGUUCAAACAUGGUUAAGCAAUGUAAAUAACAAACAAGAAGAAUUCCAGAUCCUUGAGAAAGAAGUUCAAGAGUGUGGCCGAUUUGACCGUAUAAAAUUGGCAAAUUUUGCUGAUACAAUGAUUGAGGAAGCCGAGGAACUCAUAAAGCAAGGCAAGUUUCCUGAAGGGGUUUUACAUAAUGUAUAUGAAGAAAAAGGGGAGCCUUUGGUGACUACAAAUUUAAAAGGCCAAGUUUUUGGACGAAGUUCGGAAAAUAUAUCAGAAAUGCUAAGGAAAGAUGAAGUUUCAAGCAUUGGUAUUUAUGGCAUGGGAGGGGUGGGUAAAACCACUAUGGCUAUGCAUAUCAACAACGAGUUAUUACAAGAAAGUAGAUUCUCGGGUCAUGUUUACUGGGUCACUGUAUCUCAAGAUUCAAGUAUUCAAAAGUUACAAAAUGGCAUAGCCGAGAAUAUUGGCUUAGAUCUUUCUUGUGUUUGUGAUGAGAUAAAAAGGGCUGCAAAGUUAUUCCAAGCAUUGAAGCGAAUCGAUACUUUUGUCCUAAUACUUGAUGAUGUUUGGAAUAACUUUGACGUGAUAAAAGUGGGGAUUCCACUUGCAAAUGAUGGAGGCAAAAUGAUCAUAACUAGCCGAUCACUUGAAGUAUGUCGUAGAGUUGGUUGCCAAAAGUAUGUCAAAGUCAAGCCCCUUUCUGAAGUAGAAUCUUGGGAUUUAUUUACUGAGAAGCUUGGACGUGGCAAUAAUAAUGAAGUACAAGUAAUCCCAACUGACAUAGAAAAAAUAGCAAUGAAAGUUGCAGAGAGAUGUGCUGGGCUGCCACUCGGAAUCAUAACAAUGGCUGGUUGCAUGAAGGGAGUAAAUGACAUUUUUGAAUGGAAGGAUGUGUUACAAGAGUUGGAAGAAUCUUCCAUGAUGCAAGAUGACAUGAAGAGUGAGGUCUUCCCUAUUCUCCAUUGUAGUUAUACUCGCUUGAGGGAUCCCCGGUUACAAAAGUGCUUCUUGUAUUGUUGCCUAUAUCCAGAAGACUUUGAAAUUCCAAGAGUUGAGCUAGUCAACAAGUUCAUCAUGGAGGGAUUUAUAAAUGCAAGGAAAAGUAGGCAAGCACAAAUAGACCAAGGCCAUGCAAUACUAAAUAAGCUAGAGAAUGUAUGUUUGUUAGAAAGUACUGUGGAUGUAGAUGAAAAUAAAUGUGUUAAAAUGCAUGACUUGAUACGAGAAAUGGCUAUAAAAAUCACAAGCCAUCCUCAUCAUGAUCGCUUCAUGGUAAAAGCUAGAAUGCAAUUGAUAGAACUGCCAGAGCUUCAUGAAUGGUCAGAAGAUCUCGACAAGGUAUCCUUGAUGCAUAAUUCUAUAAGUCAGAUUUCUCCAUGUAUACUAUACAAAUGUUUGAAACUGACGACCCUAUUGAUGCAAGAGAAUCGCUUGUUGCAAACGAUUCCAUGCUCAUUUUUCAUGUUCAAGCCUUGUCUACGUGUUUUGGAUCUAAGCUAUACUAAUAUUGAAGAAUUGCCUGGUUCUCUAUCAAAUUUGGGAAAUUUGAAUGCCUUAUUGCUUAAAGGUUGUAGAGAACUUAGCUUUGUACCAUCACUGAGCAACCUUAAGGUACUAAGCGAACUCGAGCUUAGUGGAACAGGGAUUGAGCAAGUGCCCGUAGGCAUACCUAACUUGGUUAAGUUGAAAUGUCUAACCAUGAGCGGGUUGAAGAAGCUAAAAGGCGAACCACCCAUAGAUAUGUUUGCAAGCCUAUCACAUCUCCAGCGUCUCAUGACUCCAUUUUCUAUACGAGCAAUGGAUCUAGAGAGGAUGAAACAACUUGAAGAAUUUGGGGGUAAGAUGUUCAGUCUGUGUGAUUUCAACAAAUUCGUAGCAAAUCGAGAAUAUUAUGGGCGGCCAAUUCUCUUUCGGGUUACUCUAAAUGGUUUGACCAGUGAUUGUGUUGGAGAUUUGUAUGAAUACCCUGUGAUAUUUUCCAGCAAAGAAGUCAUUUUGAAGGAUUACUACCUGAAGGGUGGAAAUGUAGUACAACCCUUGAGGGAACAGUCAGAAGCUGUAAUCAAUUUGCCAAGGGACAUGCAAAGACUUGAAGUUUCAUGGUGCGACUUCAUAAGUUCGGAUAAUAGCUUCUUAAGUGCCCUUCCCUCCUUGAUCAAUUUGACGGAUUUGAAGAUAGUCAAAAUUGUUUCUUGUGAUGGUAUAGAGUGCAUACUCCAAUUACCCUCCAAUUGGCAAGAACUGAUUGAGCCAGAAGGAAUUGAAUCGUUACUCAAAAGCCUCGAGAAUUUGGAACUAUACAAUUUGAAGGAUAUUGUCAGCCUUAUUGACAUCCAACCUAAUACUGAAGCAUCUUUUACGGUUCUUUCACAUGGAUCCUUUUCAAACUUGAAGAAGUUAAGGAUUGAACAUUGUUGCCAAAUCAAGGUGAUGUUUCCUCGAUGGUUGUGGCAAAAUCUCUACAACCUUGAACAUGUAGCGGUGUCACAUUGUGAGGGGAUAGAAGAAAUUAUUAGCGAGAAUGAGGAAGAGGAAGAGGGCCAAGAGGCAAGUAGUCAAUCCCUGAGUAGUCCUUCAUCAUCGUUUACCUCUACCGAUAUCAUCCUCCCUAAACUAAGAGUAGUUCAAUUGACUGAUCUACCGGCACUCAAAAGUAUAUCUAAGGGAAGAAUGACUUGUGUAUCCCUUGAGGAAAUAGGUCUAUGUGGUUGUCCAAAGCUUCAAAGACUACCAUUUUUUCAUCCUCCUCAUGCUGGAGAACCACUGUUUAUUCCACAUGCUCUCAGAUAUAUCUAUGUAAGUCUAGAACUCUGGCAAUCACUAGAGUGGGACUAUCCUGAAGCUAAGAGUGAGCUUCUACAGCAUAUCAGACCUGACCGACUACUUCAAACUUGUGCCACCAGCUGAGAAAAAGCUCAGGUUGAAACGCCGAGCACCUGCAAUACUUGUCUAUUUCAAGCAAUCAGAUUCUAACUGAUGUGUCUAGACUUUAGAGGGAAGCAUCUGUCAAUAAUAUCUGAGAUUCUUGGGAUCGACAGUGCUGUGGAUGGUGCUCCACUUCCCUUGCAAGCAGUGAAGCGGAAAUAUAAUGGUGGAAAAGGAAAUAGUGAUUGAAGCAGAAUUCCUCAAAGCUUUUGUAAAUAAAUAGUAUAAAUGUGUUGACUUUUUAGCUACUUACAAUUAUUUUCAAAUGUUAAAAUAGUAUAGUAUGUAUAUUAGUUGUAAGUAGCUAAUAUUACUUUAAGAAAGAGUGUAUCUGCAUAGCUUCAAUUUUGAAGGAUUAAAUGAUGUUAUUUGCUGGAUAAAUAUUUGUAUUAGUUACCCUGGGUUAAAGGUAAAUGUCUUGCAUUACCUUUCUGAUAAUAAGAUG